AUGUAUGUCCGACGUGUGUUUUACCUUUUGGUUUUGGUUCUGAGUGUUCACUGCCUGUUUGUGGUGGCUGGUGAGCUUGCGGCUAGACCUUCUCCUUCUGGUCAACAACCACUACAGGUGCCUUCUGACGAUCGUGCAAAUUGUCCUCAAGAUAAUAAUGUCGACACUCUGUGUACUACUAGUGGCCGUGUUUUACCUGACGCUUCUCAUGAUGAUUGUGAGAAGCCUCUUGGGGGGACAGGUUGCAUUACCACUACUCUUAACACUGAAAGCAAUUGCAAUGAUGAAUCUAGUGGUACUUCUUGUCCACCAAAGGUACUGCAGGAAGAGGGUUCUGUUCAAACAGAAGACCAUAAUCGACACACUGAUAGCGAACAUAAAGAUCCUCAAGGUGCAAUUCGUCCUGCUGGUGCAAGGGAUUCUGAUUCUAACGUACUUGGUAAAGAUAAGGCUGAUGCAGGUCCUACUGGUGCUCAAGGGAAACAAAAUCCUCGGGAUACUCAAGCUGGAAACGUACUUGAAGCUGUCCAUUCCCCUGCUGCUCCUGCACCUGACGCUGAGAGUCCAGCUGUGACUGUAAGUGAACAGGGAACUGGACGCGCUGAAAUACGCACAACAGAUGAGGGUGCAGCUGGUGCUUCUCAGGCUUCUGGAGCUAAACCUGAUACACCUGCUGCUGAAAGUGAUGGUGAAGUGUCUGUAAAUGAAGGUCAACCUGAAAGCACUGGCAACAGUGCAGAUGGAAAUGGCGCCACUGAAACCUCUUCUCCAAACAGUUCAAACACAGGGAGUACCAGUAAUUCUGAUGCUGCGAAUACUGAAAAUGGAACUUCACCUGCAGGGAGUGAAUCACCUAGUACCCAAGAAGGCGCAGGUAAUACUGACACCACCACCACCACC